UACGACAACAUGUCUGCUCAAUCCAGUCAGGCGGUCUACAGAGAACAGUUAGCAGAAACUCUGGUGUCCCAACUUACUCAUGUCGCCAGAGACUCGGAUGUGGACAUCUUCUCCACGCUUUGCGCGACGAUGCGGCGGACCCUGCGGAAUGCGAAGACUGGGACCGUGUCUGAUAUGUUCGAAAUGGACAACAAGUUCAAAGGACUGAUUCAGAAGGCGAGAAUCAAGUCCCAAGAUGAUCUCGCAAAUGCUUUGGAACAUACGUAUUCCGCAUUGCGUGCAGAUGUUGAGGAGCGGCUUCCCAUGGAGUUGGGGAUUAAGAUGGCAACUCUGCCGGACCAUCUACAAUUCCUGAUAUGCCUAUCACUUCCUCCCGCCCCCGCGACACAUACCUACGCCUCCAUUGUUCUCGACAAGGCCAAAGAUCCCUUUCGCAUCCCAAGCGCGUUGACAUGGGAAACUAUCAUUGCAGAGGAGCCCUUCGAGGGACAACACUGGGAGAAGCUCGCCUCUGAACCUCAUCCCGGGAAAGGCAAACGACGUUCGAAUUCUUGGUCCUCUUCUGGCUCGGGAGACGUGCUGACAGGCGAAGAUGACCUACACUCCACUCCAACUUCACCAUCCACUACAUUUUCGUCCAUCAAGAAGCAACAGGACAAUUUGGAAGACUUCGUCAGUCCCUCCGAACUCGCUGCUGCGACAGCCCAAAUGGAGUUGGAUGACAUGUUGGAUCGCCAAUAUUGGAAGGAACAUUGGCGAAUUGAUGUGGACCUCCACGAACCAUUCGACUUGUCAAAGGCAGAAACGCUUGGACCAACUCUCAUGGGGAUUUCAGCACGAAUCUAUGAAGUAGCAGGACGAUUUUCUGUGCCAAGCCGUGGGAGUUUCAUAAAUGAAGUGGAUGCUGUGCGCGAAGUCUUGCUCGCUCUCCAAGGGCUCGAUAACAAUCUCCUAGUCCUGCGAUCAUCAUCCGAACACGGUCUACCCGCUGUUGAAAUUCACCGCUCUGCGCCUCUCGUCGUCCACUUAACUUCCACAACAUACUUUUCGCUCUUGACCACCUUCGCCUCAGCAGCAGUCAUCCCAUCUCGACUGCAUCACUUUCUCGGGAUAUUAGGUUGCAGGUGGCGAGGAUCAUCUCACAACCCCGUCUCCCUCACCGCCGAAGCGUUCGCCCAAGCCGUAGACGAGCAAAUUCGAAGUUUUCGUUCGUGGUGUUCUGACAAAGAGCACGCGCUCUGCAUUGCUCAAGCCGGUGGUGGGCCAUCAAUAGCUGUCAGCUUGCUCAGUCUAUCUCAUGAAGUCGAGGAACGAAUAUCCAUUCUGAGUCUACUGUUGGACAUUGUAACACAGCUUCACGAAACGGCUUCGUCAGAGCAAGGAGAACUGGAAAUGAUGGACGAAGUAAUUUUCGGCAUACCACCUCUCGUCUUAUCAAGCAGCCUUCUAGAUCUUUUGUUCGCUGCCUACAAGACGCAGUAUAGCUUGGCAAAUGAGAUCAAUGCGAAGAUUCUUCUCCAGAUAUUCGUCGCAGUAGCCCAGCCAAUCUGGAAAGCGACAUCCGAUUGGCUAUUGGAAGGAAAAUCCGGAGAACUGAGGUACGAAGAGGAUGAAGUUAUCUCUAUCGACACUGGGGAUUUCUUCGUCCGCCACGAUGGAGAAGUCUUGAUGUCGGACCCAUCAUUCUGGCGUUUCGCGUAUACCGUCCACAUGUUGCCCCGUAAGAAAGACGACGAGUCUAUUCCUGCAUUCCUUCGAUCCAUAUCGGCCGAUAUUUUGGCUGCCGGCAAAGCGAAAGCGUUGCUGAUCGCCUUGGAGCACGGAGCUGCUAUCGUCUCAGCCCCUCGGCCGUUGUCCGAUCUCCUUGUUCAGUCUAAAGAAGAGUUGUGGGAGCCUCGCGACCUGGAAGCUGCCGUACGACAACAUCUUCUCCCGAUGUGCUUGCUCUCUCAACAACAGCUAUAUACCAUCGUGGUGGACACCUGUCGGAUGUGGCACCAUUUGGCUGCCAUCGAGGACCUUUAUUUGUUUCGCCGCGGCGACGUCAUGGACGAUUUUGCUGAUGCACUUUUCACACGCCUAGACACUCGGCAUAUAUGGUUUGACUUCCAUGCUGUGAACGCAACAUUCCGGGAUCUUCUUGCGACGCGGCAGCAGAAUAAUGUUGACGCCUCCCUCGUGCGCUUUUGGUACACCAAGCCGCGUGAAGAUGCCGCUGCGAGGAUGACCAGAUGUCUAUCAGGCCUUUCCGUGACGUACGAGGUCCCUGUUCCCCUGCUGUACCUCUUGACACCCGAUUCUCUGCUGAAAUAUUCAACAAUCUUCGCCCUGGUCAUGCAAGUACGGCGUGCGAAGCGAUUGAUUGACAAUAUCAUCGUCCGUCGCGGUCUUGGAUCUCGGCUGGACUUACUGGAAGAACGUCCGGCAGAAGAAAUGAAGAAUUUCUUUGGGCUACGAAGCAAACUGGGCUGGUUUCUGAACACCCUGACGUAUUUCCUAUACACUACGGUGAUCCAAAGCCAGCUCCAGACGUUCCACAAAACCUUGGAGGCCGCUCGUAACCUCGAUGAAAUGAUCAAACUUCACGACCAGCACCUCGAGAGUCUGUCGACCCGAUGUCUGUUGUCUGAGUCUACAGCGUCUUUGCACCGAGCUCUCCUGAAUGUGCUGGACAUCGCCCUGCGUUUUGGCGACUGCUAUAAUGCGCUGUCCAGUGAUCCCCUUGAUGGGGCUCGUCGAGUAGGCGUGAACCAAGAUCGCCGAAAAGGAAGAACGAGGCGUCAGCGCCGACACCUGCGAAAACAGGAUUUCGUCGGUUAUGCGGAACAUAUCCCUCACGUCUCGGACUCCGAGUCCUCGGAUUCGGACGUCGACGAAGUGCCAGACGUGUCUUUCGCAGAUCAAUCAAUGUCUCUGGCCGCUGUAUCUUUUGCGGACGAGAAUCUCGGAACUCGAGUGGAGCACAUGUCAAACGAACUAGACAAACUUGUACGUUAUAUCCGAAGAGGUGCAGAGAAAUUAGGCGCCGAAGGAGGCCAAGACUCAUCCUCCUUCGAGGCGCUGUCCUUCUCACUUUGCGAUUGGGAUUUAUGA